AUGGCAGACACAUCCGACUAUCCCGAUGAUAUUCAAUUCGCAGGUCUUGUACAAGCAGCAACUGCAGCGGCCGACGCACAGAUUCGCGACCCGUCGUCACUGGGAAAACGAAAGCGGGAUGACCAUAAUGUCAUUGAACACGUUCCUACACUAGACGAAGACGGCGUUGGAGACGCUCCUGAUCCCGCAGCUGCGUCGAGUCCUCCGCACCUCCAAAGUUCUGCAUCUGUCUUGUUCCGAGAACCUUCGACGAAGAGUAGGAAACACAGCAGGCCAUCGCUUGGGAAAGUCUUUGCAUCUUUGGAGCUGGCUCCUGAGAACUUCUUACGGCUUCAAUCUGCUGCCAAGGCAUUCAUGCUGGACGAGGCACACCCUGAGCGAAGAGCAGUUGUAGCACCCAAGAAAAAUGCAGGGGGCUCGGAACUGGCCAAGUUAAACUUGUGGAAUUGUGUUGAUGAGUUCCUCUCCGCCCACGGCUAUGGGGAGAAGUAUUUCGCACCUGGGGUGGGAGGGGGCAUUCCUGGAGCACCUCAAAGAACCGUCUUCUGGCCUCAGGACAGCCAGACCAUCAUAAAGCUAAUGAUGCCGCUUAUGAGGAAAAUGGUCACCAACGAGCGCCAGCGCAUCUAUGCCGCCGCGACUAGGAAACAAGGGUCAGCAAAAGAAUCGGGCGAGGAGCAUUCGCCAGUAGCUGUGGACGAGUCUAUCAUGUCUGAUGGCAAGGCUCCUGAGGCAAAUUAUCCGGACCAAGCGAUUGAAGUACAUCCACCGAUACCAGAGCAACAAGACGUCCCGAGCUUGUCGCCACAUAUGUCACAGCCGACCACGACUUUCAAGCAAUCAAUUCUCCUCCACGUCAACGUGGUGUCAAAUACUGGUGGAGCGCUGAGACGGGUGAUACCACGGUUUAGCUUGACGCCAGACGCAGCUCCUAGCCUGUCAGCUCUACUCGUCGAAGUGGAGAAAAGGUACACAUUGCCGGCGAGAACGGGAGAUGCCCCUGGCGUGCAGAGCCGUCCAAUCGUCAAGGUGUGGCUCACAGAUGGUCUGGUAACAGUGGUUGAGGAUGGAGAGUGGAUGGUUGCGCUGUUGAGCGCUGGAGUGGUUGACUGGAUGGACGGUGAGGUUCGAGUGCUUGUUGAAGUCUGA